UAGCGCCAUCUGCUCGCGGCGCCGCCUCCUGCUCCUCCCGCUGCCGCUGCCGCCCUGAGUCACUGCCUGCGCAGCUCCGGCCGCCUGGCUUCCCGUACUAGCCACCGAUUUACAGAAAAGUUGUAGAGAUUGUUCAACGAGUUGCCAUAUGUUCCUUACUCAGUUUCUCCUAAUGUUGACAUCUUGCAUUACAAUGGUAUUUGGAGAUCUUAACAACAUGGCAGACAUUGACAACAAAGAACAGUGUGAACUUGAUCAAGAUUUGGAUGAUGUUGAAGAAGUAGAAGAAGAAGAAACUGGUGAAGAAACAAAAAUCAAAGCGCGUCAGCUGACUGUUCAGAUGAUGCAAAAUCCUCAGAUUCUUGCAGCCCUUCAAGAAAGACUUGAUGGUCUGGUAGAAACACCAACAGGAUACAUUGAAAGUAUCAAGGAGGAGCUAAAAGAAAAGGCCAAGAUUGAAGAUGAGAAAAAGGAUGAAGAAAAAGAAGAUCCCAAAGGAAUUCCUGAAUUUUGGUUGACUGUUUUUAAAAAUGUUGACUUGCUCAGUGAUAUGGUUCAGGAACAUGAUGAACCUAUUCUGAAGCACUUGAAAGAUAUUAAAGUGAAGUUCUCAGAUGCCGGCCAGCCAAUGUGCCAGAUAGACUGGAAAAAAGGAAAGAAUGUCACUUUGAAAACCAUUAAGAAGAAGCAGAAACAUAAGGGACGUGGGACAGUUCGUACUGUGACUAAAACAGUUUCCAAUGACUCUUUCUUUAAUUUUUUUGCACCUCCUGAAGUUCCUGAGAGUGGAGAUCUGGAUGAUGACGCUGAAGCUAUCCUUGCUGCGGACUUUGAAAUUGGUCACUUUUUACGUGAACGUAUAAUCCCAAGAUCAGUGUUAUACUUCACUGGAGAAGCGAUUGAAGAUGAUGACGAUGAUUAUGAUGAAGAAGGUGAAGAAGCGGAUGAGGGUUAUCAGCUCUUUGAAGAAGUCAAAAGCUGCAGUAAACUUUUUCAACGUUGGCUGCAGUAAAUAUUUUCAAUAAAAGCUGUUUGGAUGUCUCAA